AUGGAAAUGAAACCUCGAUCAAAGCGCCACCGUCCCCAUCAAGGUUGGCUAAAAAGUUGGGCUUUCCUCGAAGCACGCAGACUCCUAGAUCUAGCAUAUCAGGAGUUCUAUAACGAUCAAACAAAAUCUACCGACGACGCACGACAACCCACAUCAUUAUCUACACAACAGUCAGCACAGUUACUUCAUCCACCUUCGCCAUCACCGGCUCCGCCGGCCUCCCCAGAACAACCGACGCAUCAUGCACUAAGGGCGAUACCUUCCCCUCCUUCCCUGCGAUCUCCGUCACCUGCGUUGUCAGACGCAUUGACGGAGCACUUACUUCCCGACAUUCCAACACACACUCCCGACUUCCCUCUCCACUCCGCUCCAGCGUCACCUCGUCCACCAUCUCCUGCUGAUUCCACAUCAAGCGUGGAAAUUCUGGAAGAAUUUCCACCUCCUCCCUCUCAGCGCAACCGAUUUCCUAUCUAUCCUGGUGACACCUUCGACUCGGUGAUUAACCGUUUCGAUCGCACCACCGAUCCUCUCCCGCAGGGCACCUACACCAUCGGCCCUGACUAUUUCGAUCCCGAGGAAAUCCGAGCUGCCAUAGCCGAACAACCUCCUGGAACUCACAUUCCAGUAUUCAUUCCUAGUUCCCCCUUUCCUUACCUAGUUCCGAUCGACCUUUUCAAUGACCUUUUCCCUCCUUCCAUUAUCAUAAUUAAAGAAAUUCAAUAA